GUAGCUAAUGAUAUCGUGGGAAACAAGAUCGGUGUUUAAAUUCUGAACGUCACUCUACUGGUGCCAGUCAGAGCCUCUGCUUGGGACGUUGUGAGCUGGAUAACUACUCGGUUCUAGUCUAAGUGACAAAAUGAAAAGAAAUCGUGAUUACAGUUCAUCGGACAGCGAGAUUGAUGAAAACAUUGAGGUAGAGAAAGAGAGUACCGAUGAAAAUGAGAACUUUGGUUCUCUGGAUGGAUCAAUUUCACCACCAACAACAACUCAAGUUCAAGCAAGGAAACGCCGGCGAGGAAUAAUUGAGAAACGGCGCCGUGAUCGGAUCAACAACAGCCUCUCUGAACUCCGAAGAUUGGUUCCAACCGCUUUUGAGAAGCAGGGUUCGGCUAAAUUGGAAAAGGCUGAGAUUCUGCAGAUGACUGUGGAUCACCUGAAGAUGCUUCAUGCUGCGAGUGGAAAAGGUUACUUUGAUGCCCAUGCACUGGCUAUGGAUUACCGCAGCCUGGGAUUCCGUGAGUGCCUAGCAGAGACGGCUCGCUACCUCAGCUUCAUGGAGGGCCUGGACAGCGCUGAUCCACUGCGGAUCCGUCUGGUUUCCCACCUCAACAGCUAUGUCUGCCAGAGGGAGGCACACUCAGGACUUGGACAGUUGGCAUGGGGGUCUGCUUUUGGAACACCCCCCUCCCACCUGGCACACCACAUCCUCCUACAGCAACAACAGCCGGGGCAAGGGCGCCCCUGCGGUCCAAGUAGCCCCCGCCCUCCUUCCUCCUCCCCUACCUCUUCAUCCUCCCCAACAGAGUCCCAAGCUCCCAGCCAGCUCAGUGGCACACCACAUACUGAGACCGUUCCCUUGAGGGUACCCUUAAAGGGCACCAUCAGCUCUGGCCUGCCUGUCACCUCCACUGGCUCCACAAAACUGACCCUGCCUCUGUUGUCCUCCAUGCCUACGUUCCCUCUCUCCUUCAGCGCUUUUCCCCUGCUCUCGCCCAGCGCCCCUGCCUCCAGCCUGGGGAAGCCGUACAGACCCUGGGGAACGGAGAUAGGGGCCUUCUGAACUUUCACCCUCACCUGGGGACCAGAGGACUCCAGCAGAGCUGGGCCUCUAUGAAUGUAAUGGAGCGCUGGCAUGUAGAGGGGCAGAGACUGAUGUUUGCAAAUCUAUUGUUUGUUUUUGUUUUAUUUUUAUUUUUCUUGCCCUUUUUCAAGGAGGCAGUGGGGAAUAUUGCCAUCCUUUUCUUCCAAGACCGUGUUUUUAGUAUCCCCAGAUAGGGACUGCAGCUAGAAUUGAGUGUUCAGUGUUCACCCUUAUAUUGAUCUUUGUGUGGUAAAGAUCUGCCCUCCCUGUGUUUUUCAUAUUAAAUUUGCCUUUUACUUAG